CGGCGUUGCUGCACAGCUUACUGUGAUGGGGCUGGCUGCGUGUACCGGUGCGUUUCGUGGACGGUGCGCCAGCUGUGCCGAGCGACACACUUGCGCCUAACAAGGCAUAAUAUUGCGUGCAAGCGGCAGUCAGUACCUAUUCAGUUUGACUGCGGUCCCCGCAGGGGUUCUGUAAGGCUACUGCGUGCGCGGCGAGAGGCCGGGGUCGAACGCCCAAUGCGUACGUGCGUCUUCCAGCUCGAGUCCGAGGAGAAGAUCAAGGUGAAAGCUGAGAUCGGUCCAAUGUGCGUGCGGCCGCUUGCCGAGAUUAGGACGCAGAGGAGCCGACCACUGAAGGCGGCGCUCUAUUCCCUAGGGGGCCUUAGCGAAUGUCGUGAUAAAGGCCAUCUUGUGGAAAGCCGUCGAGUGGUUUCGCAGGGCACGCGUCCGCGACUGAAGGGCAACGACUGCGACUAG